UGUACAUGACUACUCAAACAGCCAUAGCUCUGCCUAUACAAACCUUUUCUAUACUGUGAAAGUAUCUUGCCCAAUAUCUACUGGAUGCCUACCAUUUGCAGAACACAGGGAUAAGUGGGGACAUAUCCAAACAUGAACCAGAAAGACAUGGACCCUAUGCCUGAGGUGAUUGCAUCUAGAAUGGGAUACAGAUAAGUAAAUACCCAGUCACCAACUGGAGUGAAAAAUUCUAUCACAGACAGAUUCAGGGAGCACAGCAUAAGCAUGCCUCUCCCAGACAACUUCUUUGUGGCAGAUAAAAACACUGAGCCUGAACUAUAUGUAUCUGAUCUCAUAGGAACCCUGAAUUUAAAAAAUAGUUGUGUGUGUAAGUAUAAAAGCUCAAGAGCAUCUUUUUCAAAUCACAAUUGGUUAAAGUGAGUUGCCUUCAAAAUACAAAUCCCAGAAUAGGCAUUCUUCUAUUACAUAUAUGUCCCAGUAUCCUUACAAUGACUCUCUUAACCACGAAAUUUAGGUAUUGAUUUUUUUUAAAAAACAAAGUACAACAACAAAAUAGCCCCAACACAAUUAGAAUGAUUAAAAAUGAAUUCCACAAAAGGUGUGCAAUUUACUUAACACUAAUGUACUAUCAAAAAGAGUUCAGGAUUUCAAGGAUUGGAUUUCUGUAGGUUUGAGAAGAUAGAUGAAGAAUGAAGUGAGGAGCUCUGUUAUCUAACAUUUUGCAGUAGACUUUUAAACAGGAGUGUUAAAAAGGGCAGGACCAGCAUUUGGCUUGUUGGAUUAAUUGUGCAAUCUUAUUUACCAGGAGGUCAUUUAUCUACCAACCACAAUGAUCUAAAACCCAGUUAAGAAACAAAAAGAAUGCUUUUUAAAGCAUCAUUUGAGUAGUCCAAAUAUCUGUCACAAGGUCGAUGCACUUAAGUUCACCUGCCUUUCUCCUUGGUGAGCACAUCAGUUCCUUACAUGGGACCUAUUUUGUUUUACUUUAGACUGAAUUGUGACAAAUGAGGCUAUCUGGAAUCUCGGUCUGCACCAGACUAGCAGCUGCCAAUCAGAAGAGAAGUAUAAUGUUAGAGACAGGCACCCUGGCAAAAGAGAGAAAAGACAACAGAUUGUCAGUUAGGGAAGGGGGAGAGAGAGCAACUACCAAAGACAGAGAUGGUCACUGGGUCAUAGUAUCCUGGAGCCCAUCAGGGUGAGGACUGAUGGCUUCUACACGUCCUGGGGUCCUGGAAGCAUUCCUAACUCCUAGGAAGGAGCUUGACAGAGAACAGGGACUUGAUGUAGUCGUUAAGUUCAUUAUAACCUACUAUCAAAAUUAACUCUGAAUUUUUAAGAAAAAGCCAAAAAACGGCUUAAGAAAAUAGAAACAUCUAAAAUACUUCUCAGAAAAUAUUUGUCCAACGGUUAAAAACAGUUUUAAAGAAAAUUAGUUUGAUUCCUUAAAGGGCCACCCACACUCCAAUAAUGAUGCCUAUCACUUAAUUGAAACAGUUGGCUCUGAAUCAAUCCUGGAUAAACGUCGUCCUGCGGAACAGUGGACUUUACUAAGCUGCCUUGAACAGAUUUUAAAUGGUGGUAGAUACAAAUAAUAAGCUCUCAUAUAAGGCUUAAAUAUAUAAGAUGGCAACAGAUCGCACAGUUGAAAUCACUAGGGUGAUGUAAAAUAAUUGUUCUAAAAUGCUCUAUCACCAUGAAGCAAAAUCUUCCGGCCAUGUGCCCGGCACUGUGCUAGGUGCUGUAUUAUUAAGCACUAACCUGAAAAAUCGCUUUUCCUUUUAAGAAUGUGAAGGUGUUCCCAAAUCCUCAUUCAUAUUUUUAAAGGUUAAAUGACAUUUUACACGCACAACACAACCAUUACAUAACAGGCAUAGAAUACUGUUCUAUGACUUGGAUAGUUCUUUUUUUUAAGUGCACUAGCAACUUUAUUUUCAAAUGCUGUGGAAUCCUCAAGGAUCUGAAAACCUACACAGAGGAAUGGAGUGUCUUAUCCACUCACUUGUUUUGUGUGAUGUGUUUAAACACAGGCAUGCCAUUUCGGAGUUUACAGUGAGGCUAAGCUGUACUUUAGCGUUUUUGCAGCAAGCAAAAACAAUUUCUGCAACGGUCCUCAUUUCCCCUGGCAAUUUUUUUUUUUUUUUCAUGGCGAGUUACUAAAUGCUAGAUGCUAGAGUCAAAAAGAAACCUGACAUCUGGGGAGGUGUUGCGGGGGUGUUAAUAGUUCUAGUUUGAUGUUUGGGGACAGCCUUGAGGAUAAGAUUUUAAAACAGCAAAUGCAGGGAGAAGGGGAAAUGAUGGUUUCGGAUGACUCUCUCCUCCCUCCACUUUCUCUCUUCACCAAUCCUUAUCCCCCCCAAUUUAGAGGCGGGUUCAGGGAGAUCAGGCUGCAGGAAAGCAGGAGGCUCUCGGGGCUGCCGCCCCGGCCUCGUGAUGUAAUUGUUAUUUCUCACUCGGAGCCUGAACCGGCCGAGAGCUGCCCGAGAAGCGGCAGCCGGGUGCCUUCUGCCUUGUCUUGGAGGGUCAGGUUCGGUCCGAGGACGAUGUCGAUUCGCGGACCGACUCCGCUGGAGACUUCGCAGUGACAAAGCAGCAGAAGAUAAACCCUGCUUCCGUCCGAGGAGCUGAACCCGGCGCUCCUCAGAGAGUGCUUGGAUUGUGAGCGAUUUAAGAACUCUGUUCUAAGGACCCAUUACUUUAACACUGGGGAGAAACACAUCCAGAAGAUACUCACUAGAUAGAAGGAGGAGCGGGAAUCUGAAGACUCCAAAUGACAUCAGAGUUACUUUUCAGCAGCCUUCUCAAUUUCCUUUCUCAGAAAGCAGAGACUCCCAGCCUUGCAGAUGGAUGAACACUGAUAUAUGCGUUUACUGGGGAACAGAAGAUGAAGGAAAAGCAGUGUAUUCACUGAGGAUUCGGUCUGCUUGCCACGGCAGCUCUGUAUCUAGAGGAUUUCUGCUGUUUCUUAUUUGGGAGUUCCCAGCUCUGAGGUCAGACUCCACCACAGUCUGCCUGCCUUUUGUCUCAUCAUUGCCAGCCAGCAGUAAUCCUGGUCAGAAUGGAACCGCAUACCUCUGUCUAAUUACUAUGGAAGGUGAUAAACCAACACUCACUUAUUGAAGUUACAUCUCUCCCCCCCCACCCCUGCAGAAAACCAUUCCUCAAAGUGAAUAGAAACCAAGCCCUCGUGAGCACUUCUAUUGAACAUGACUCAUGGAGAAGAGCUUGGCUCUGAUGUGCACCAGGAUUCUGUUGUUCUAACUUACCUAGAAGGAUUACUAAUGCAUCAGGCAGCAGAGGGGUCAGGUACCGCCGUCGACAAAGCGUCUGCCGGGCGUAAUGAAGACGAUCCGAACUUUAACAUUUCUGGUAGCGCGUUUCCCACCUGUCAGCGUAAUGGUCCAGUUCUCAGCACACACACGUAUCAGGGAUCUGGCAUGCUGCACCUCAAAAAAGCCAGACUCUUGCAGUCUUCUGAGGACUGGAAUGCAGCAAAGCGGAAGAGGCUGUCUGAUUCCAUCGUAAAUUUAAACGUAAAGAAGGAGGCUCUGCUGGCUGGCAUGGCUGACAGUGCGCCUAAAGGCAAACAGGACAGCAAGGUACUGGCCUCUCUGCUCCAGUCGUUCAGCUCUAGGCUGCAGACUGUUGCCCUGUCACAACAAAUUAGGCAGAGCCUCAAGGAGCAAGGAUACGCCCUGAGUCAUAAUUCUUUAAAAGUGGAGAAAGAUUUAAGGUGCUAUGGGGUUGCAUCGAGUCACUUAAAAACUCUGUUGAAGAAAAGCAAAGCUAAAGAUCAAAAGCCCGAUACCAGUGUUCCUGAUGUCACAAAAACCCUCAUCAGAGAUCGGUUCAUAGAGUCACCUCAUCACGUUGGGCAGAGCGGAGCAAAGGUCAUGAGCGAACCCUUGUCUUGCGCUGCAAGAUUACAGGCUGUUGCAAGCAUGGUGGAGAAAAGGGCUAGUCCUGCCACUUCACCCAAACCCAGUGUUGCUUGUAGCCAACUAGCACUUCUUCUCUCCAGCGAAGCCCAUUUACAGCAGUAUUCUCGAGAACAUGCUUUAAAAACACAAAAUGCAAAUCAGGCAGCAAGCGAAAGGCUUGCUGCCAUGGCCAGAUUACAAGAAAAUGGCCAGAAGGACAUGGGCAGUUUCCAGCUCUCCAAAGGCAUGUCAGGCCAUCUUAAUGGUCAGGCAAGAACAUCAGCAAACAAAGUAAUGGCUAGCAAAAGUACAGCAUUUCAGAAUCCAAUGGGCAUUGUCCCUUCUUCCCCCAAAAAUGCAGGCUAUAAGAACUCCCUGGAAAGAAACAAUAUAAAACAGGCUGCUAAUAACAGUUUGCUUUUACAUCUUCUUAAAAGUCAGACCAUACCCAAGCCGAUGAAUGGACACAGUCACAGUGAGAGAGGAAGCAUUUUUGAGGAGGGCAGCACCCCUACAACUAUUGAUGACUACUCAGAUCACAAUCCCAGCUUUACCGAUGAGAGCAGUGGUGAUGAAAGUUCUUACUCCAACUGUGUCCCCAUCGACUUGUCUUGCAAACACCGGAUAGAAAAACCCGAACCCGACCAGCCUGUUUCUCUGGAUAACUUAACUCAGUCCUUGCUCAACACGUGGGAUCCAAAAGUCCCCGAAGUUGACGUCAAAGAAGAUCAAGAUACCUCAAAGAAUUCUAAGCUAAAUCCGCACCAGAAGGUCACCCUUCUUCAGUUGCUGCUUGGCCAUAAGAAUGAAGAAAACGUGGAAAGAAACAGCAGCCCUCAGGAAGCACACAGCGAUGAGGCAAAGUUCAGCACACAGAAUUACACCCGCACGUCUGUAAUAGAAAGCCCCAGCGCCAACAGGACUACUCCCGUGAGCACUCCACCAUUACUUGCAUCCACCAAAGCCGACUCUCCCAUCAACCUUUCCCAACACUCUGUGGUCAUCAAAUGGAAUUCCCCACCAUAUACCUGUGGCCCCCAGCCUGAAAAGCCAGCGAAUACCGCCUCGAACCACCUGAUGGACCUUACAAAAAGCAAAGAAUCGCAGGGGGAGAAAGCCAUCCAACAUGAAGGUGCACAAAACUCAGCCACUUUCAGUGCCAGUAAACUGUUACAAAAUUUAGCGCAAUGUGGAAUGCAGUCUUCCAUGUCAGGGGAAGAGCAGAGACCCAGUAAGCAGCUGCUGAGUGUAAACACAGAUAAACCUCCAGGUAUGAUUGACAGACUGAACAGCCCUCUGCUAGCCAAUAAAACAAGUGCAGCUGAAGAGAAGAAAGCAUUCGGCAGUCACACAAUAGGUCCUGAACCGGGACUCUCUGGGUCUGAAAUAGAAAAUCUGCUUGAAAGGCGCACCGUCCUCCAGUUACUGCUGGGAAAUCCCAACAAAGGGAAGACCGAAAAGAAAGAGAAGAUGCCCUUAAGAGAUGAGAGCACUCAGGAACAUACAGAUAGAGCUUUAAGUGAACAAAUACUGAUGGUGAAAAUAAAAUCUGAGCCUUGCGAUGACUUACAUCCGCAUGCCAUGGGCAUGCACUUGAGCCACGAGGCUCCGGGCACCCCCUUCUUAGGGAUGGCCCCUCCCAUGCAGAGAAGCGCCCCUGCCUUACCAGCAUCCGAGGACUUGAAACCAGAGCCCGGCUCACCUCAGGAUUUUUCUUUCUCAAAGAAUGGUCUGCUGAGUCGAUUGCUGAGACAAAAUCAAGACAGUCACCUGGCUGAUGAGCUGGACAGCAGUCACAGAAACAGUGAACUGACACUUGUAGAAUCGAAGAACCUUUGUAUGGUCCCUAAGAAAAGGAAGCUUUACACCGAGCCGUUAGAAAACCCCUUUAAAAAGAUGAAAAAUAACAUAGUCGAUGCUGCAAACAGUCACAGUGCUCCGGAGGUGCUGUAUGGGUCCUUGCUUAACCAGCAAGAGCUGAAACUUAGCAGAAGUGAUCUUGAGUUUAAGCAUCCUGCCAGUCAUGGUUCGGCCAGCGAAAGUGAACCCAGGAAUUGGACCAGAGAGAGCAAAAGCUUCAACGUCCUGAAACAGCUGCUCCUCUCAGAAAACUGCGUGAGAGAUUUGUCUCAGCACAGGAGUAACUCUGUGGUUGACAGUAAGAAGAAAGGCCACAGAAACAAUGUGACCAACAGCAAGCCUGAAUUCAGCAUUGCUUCUCUAAAUGGACUGAUGUACGGUGCCGCUCAGCCCAGCGGUUGCAUGGACAACAGGACAUUUCCAUACCCAGGUGUUGGAAAGGCCCCCCUGAGUCCUCCUUUCCCGGAGCACUUGGGCUGCACAGGGUCUAGACCAGAAGCUGGGCUUGUGAAUGGGUGUCCCAUGCCCAGUGAGAAGGGACCCAUUAAGUGGGUUAUCACAGAUGUGGACAAGAAUGAACAUGAGAAAGACUCUCCGAGACUGACCAAAACCAACCCAAUACUCUAUUACAUGCUCCAGAAAGGAGGCAACUCUGUUACCAGUCGAGAAACACAGGACAGGGACAUUUGGAGGGAGCCUUCAUCUGCUGAAAGUAUCUCACAGGUUACAAUCAAAGAAGAGUUACUUCCUGCUGUAGAAACUAAAGCUUCUUUCUUUAACUUAAGGAGCACUUAUAAUAGCCAUAUGGGAAAUAAUGCUUCUCACCCGCACAGCGCAAACGGAGAAGUUUAUGGACUUCUGGGAAACAUGCUAACAAUAAAAAAGGAAUCAGAAUAAAAUGGACCUGCCAUCCACCUUUGGAUCUUUUUAAAACUAACGAAUAUGAACUUGAGAUCUGUAUAAAUAAGCGCAUGAUUUGAGAAAAGCAUGGUAUAAUUGAAACUUUUUCGUUUUGAAAAGUAUUGGUUGAUGGUGAUGUUUAAAUAUGCAGACUACUUUUUGCUUCAUGUUAAAUGUCAUGAGGAAGCUGCCGAACUAGCCAUUGGUUUGACACCUUCUGUAUGCAUCAGACAACAACUGUGAGUAGCCCAUGAGCGAUAAUUCUGUUUUUAAUCACAGGUAAUAGGCAUAAAUUAAAAUACAAAUCUCCAUCCAGCAGAUUAAUGCAUUGCUGCCUUUAUUAGGGUACUUGAUUUUGCUUUUCAGAAGCAACCUACAUAACACAUUUUUUAAAGUCCACAUUAUUAAAUAAUAACUCUUUAAAGGGUAAUUAUUGAAUUUAAAAAACCUAGUGCUGUUUCAUUUCUCAUUCAGUUCCAAAACAAAUUAGAAAAAUAUAUGCUUACAUUUUUCACUUUUGCUAAAAAAAAAUUAUUUUUGACUCUUGAAAGGGGUUUUGUGAUUCCUCGAUGUGUCUGCCCUUCCCCAUUCCUUUUCAAUAUUCUGUAUCUCUUUAAACCUUGUACUACUUGGUAAAAAUUGAUUACAAUUGGUGGAAGUUUGAUAGAUCUUUAAAAAAGGCAGAUUUCCAUUUUUGUAUUUUAACUACUUUACUAAAUUAAUAUUCCUCCUUUUACAGAAUUAAGAAAGUUAACAUUUAUCUUCAGGUGGUUUCCUAAAUAACUGAAAUAAGUUGUUUUUAACAAGCAAAAUGGCUUUUCUUUGGACAGUUUCACCAUAUCUUGUAAAAGCCACUUCUCACCAUCUCUGUGAGUCUGAUGACCAGGGUUUCUUAAAGCUGGACUCAGACCACCUGCAUUAGCAUCAUCCAGAGCACUUGCUUUAAAAUGCAGAUUCCCAGGCAGCAUCUCUGAUCUACCAAACAAGAAUUCUCUGCUGAGUGGACCUGGGAGUCUUCCUUCUGCAUCUUAAUACACUCCCUAGGGGUUUCUUCUGCACACUGACAUUUGGAUUUUGAAAAUUGAAACCACUGCUUACGACUUUUCUCAAAAAACAGGAUUGUAAACAAACUAUUUGAUGCCUAUAUUUUCCCCAAUGUAGUCACACGUCAACUCAAAAUUUGCAAUAUUGUACUUCAUAUUAUUACUGUUAUGUCUUUGGAAAUCGGGUUCCGAAUACUUUUUAUGACAAAAAAAAAAAAAUCGGGUGGAGGGGACAACUUUCAUAUCUGGCUCAACAUCUCAGGAAAAAUAUGUGAUUACUUGUGUGUUCCAAUGAGUAACAUCUACUUAAUUAGCCUUAGGGAUGGAAUAACAGGGCCACUUACCAAACUCAGGUGAUUCCAGGAUGGUUUGGCAACUCCUCCUGAAUACAUCCUUAACUUCUGUGAAAACCAUUGUCCUAAGAACAGUGCUGACAAAGAUGAAAACACGUUUCACACCCAAGAAAGGCGCUAAACUCAGAUUGCUUAAACAAAAACAUAAAGGGCACAUAUCCAUGGCAGAGUUGUACACAGUCACUCCAUCUGAUCUGUUAUUUUAAAAUAGUGAUUAAAAGUAAACAUUGAUGUUUUCUUGGAAGAACUUAAUAUAUUAUUGAGCCACAUGGGGUUUCUGUCUUGAAACACAUCCAUGUUUUUCAGUUCAUUUUUUACCAUCUACAAUUCAUUCACCAGAUAGAUUUGGUUUUAAUUGUGAACCCAGGUAGCAACUGACCUACCAAAAAACUGUUACAUAAUCAACUAUUAAUUAGAAGAAAAUCUAUUUGAAAUUGUUCUACUUGAAGCUGUUUCUAAGAUUUUUAUAUUAAAAAUGGGCGUUAUUUCCUAAUAUGAUCUAAAACCCUAAAUGAUUAUUUUUUUUCUCAGAAUGAUUUGUAAAUAGUUACUGAAUAUAUUAAAAAAUAAUAGGAGUGAAUAUUAUGCCAUGUCAUGAAAAUUUCACUGGCCAGUGAAGAUAUUCAACUGCAUCCCAUCUUUAUUCUCUGACAGUCUUACUGUCUACACUGUAUAAGCUUUUAAAACAAGUCAUUUUUUUCUGAAAGUUCUGGAGCCUUAGAAGUAUGCUAGAAAAACUGCUGUUGUUCCCCCUUGGUUAGGGGAAAAUGGGCUUUUACAAGGAAGUGAAAUUUAGGUCAGGAAAAAGAAGAUCAAGGGCCAACAUUGUAUUUUUUGUUUGUUUGUUUCCUUCCUUUGGUUGAUUGGUUGUUUUUUGGUGGUGGUUAUUGUCAGCAGUCAAAGAAAUGAAGAUAUGUCGUAUAUAGAUAAACCCGACCAAGAAGAAGGCUGUUCUGAUAUACUAGAGAAGUGUCCCCAAUUUGAGUUUAGUACGAUCUUAAAGAAGAGUGGUGAGAAAGGGCAUACAUCCCUAAAUGCACUUCGUUUAUGCAUAUGUAGAUACAAGGAUGCACAUAUACACAUUUUCAAGGACUAUUUUAGAUAUCUAGACAGUUUCUUCUUAACAAAGUCACUUGUGAAAGGGUACUACAGUUCUCAUUGACAUCAGUAAGGUAGCAUUACCUGUUUGCUCUCUGCUGCAUCUUACAGAAGAGUAAAUUGGUGAGAGUAUAUAUUUUAUAUAUAUAUAUAUAUAUAUAAUAUGUAUAUAUAUAUAUAUUGACUUGUUACAUGAAGAUGUUAAAAUUGGUUUUUAAAGGUGAUGUAAAUAGUGAUUUCCUUAAUGAAAAAAUACAUAUUUUGUAUUGUUCUAAUACAACAGAAAAGCCUUUUAAUCUCUUUGGUUUCUGUAUAUUCCAUGUACAAGUGUAAAUAUAAUCGGACAGGUUUAAAAAUUGUGCAUGUAUGUAUACAGUUGCAAGCCUGGACAAAUGUAUAGAAUAAGCCUUUUAUUUAAGUUGUGAUUACCUGCUGCAUGAAAAGUGCAUGGGGGACCCUGUGCAUCUGUGCAUUUGGUAAAAUGUCUUAAGUCAGAUCAGAUGUUCACCCCAACAUAACAGUAUUUCCAUUUCUGGACGCGACUUCUGUGGUUUCAGCUUUGUGGAAGAAUGCUUUGAAUCCAAGGGUCUUAAAACUUUUUAAAUCAAGUCAACCACUUUUCAAACUAAAGAGUUCACACAACUACUUUCAUGAAUUUUUUAAUCCCAUUGGAAACAUGUGCCAGGAGUUUUCCAGGGUUCUGGAAUACAGGCACACUACCGUUCCUGGUAUGAAUUCUGGGGUUUACACAACCAAUUUUGAUGCAAUCUGCUCAGUAAUAUAAUUUGUCAUUUUUAUUAGAAAUUUAAUUUCUUCAUGUGAUGUCAUGAAAUUGUACAUACUGCAGUGUGAAUUUUUUUGUUUUAUUUUUUAAUCUUUUAGUGUUUACUUCCUGCAGUGACUUUGAAUAAAUGAAGGAAAAAAUUCAUUGUC